AUGCUUUCUCAGUUAUCAGAGCACUUGAACAGCAAGCUGGAUAAACUGAACCAGUCGAUCAAUUCGGCAUCUUCAUCACAUCCAUCAAGCGCAUCAGUCUGUAGCGACAAGUUAAAAGGUAUUAAGCGACAAGUUCGUCGCUUGAGCUCUCCGGCGCGUAAAUUGAGCAGUCCAGUCGCCCAGGCUGGGUUUUCCGGAGCUCGACGGUUUUCGCAAUUCGUUUCCGGAAUCAGUGAUUUUGUCGAUCAGGAACUGGAUCUUGGUGCGUAA